AUGGUGCAGUGUAAGUUGUGCAAGCUAUCUCUGGCACGGGUAAAGAGUGAUAGCACUAUGACAUGCAAUGGGACAUGUGAGGGUGUAUUCCAUAAAAAAUGUGCGGCAAAAAUUGAGUUUUUUUGCGAAACUGGUAUGUGUGAUGAAUGCCAAAUAUCACCAACUGUGGGAUCACCUAUUACAAUGGACCUGUCAAGAGCUACACCGGAGAAAGUGCUGGCAGAAGUAAACGAGAAGCUGGCUAUUGUUUUCACUAUGAAGAAGACACUUGAGUCAAUGUCAAACGAUAUUAGUUUUUACGCAGAGAAAUAUCAAGAACUCAUGGAAGAAAAAGAAAAAACCGAUAAGAAGAUCAAGGCGCUGGAGCAUAAGAAUGUUCACCUUGAAACAAGCAACAAGGCGUUGGAGGAACGAAUUAUGUAUCUUGAGAUUAAAGAGAAAGAGAGAAACGUGGAAAUAAUAGGUUUGGAAGAAGAGGGUAAAGAGAAGUUAGAGGAUACUAUAAAAGUGCUGGCCAAUAAAUUGGGCAUGGAUACCAAAACCAUAUGUGAAAUAAAGAGGGUAGGCGAAGAAAAAAAGAACUCAGCAGCGGGCGAGCAGCAGCGUGAGAAUAAACCGAGACCGGUUAUAGUCACUAUGACCACACGUAAUGCGCGUGAUCAAUGGCUAGCUACAAGAAAAACAGUAAGGCUAAGUAAUAAUGACUUAUUCGAGCAUGGAAAUAAAAACCGGAUUUAUAUAAACGAGGAUCUAACUAAGUACAUGCGUAAUUUAUUCUGGACUGCAAAGAUUGAACUAAAACCGCUAUAUAAAUACAUAUGGACACAAGCGGGUAAAGUGCUCAUUAAGAAAGAUGACCCUAAGGAUAAAAAGAUCAGAGCUAUUCGUACACUAUCUGAUAUAGACAAGUACGCGAACAACUAGGGCCACUUCUUUAUGUAUCCGUGAUUAUGCAACACAUAGAAUAUCGCUAUAAUCAUAAUUCGAUCAAUAUACUUUGGAUGUAGAACCUAAAACUAAGUAUAAAAAAUAUUUAAAUUUAAAUAGCUGGCAUCAGGACUUAAAACAACAAAA